GACAUGGCGACGUCCCUAAUCUGCGGCCGUUUGACGGCUAGCCUGAGAAACUCAGGGGCCAGAAACACUAUCAGCUCCGCUUCCAAGGUUCUCGGUAGUUCCUCGAGUCUGCUGGGAGGCCAUGUGUCCCAGCUGCAGCCCCCCCUCCUGCAGCAGCAGCGGAGGAACCUCUCCCUCCACGAGUACAUGAGCAUCGGGCUGCUGAAAGAGGCCGGCAUCUCCGUGCCGGCCGGCAUGGUGGCCAGCUCCUCAGAGGAGGCCUACGCUGUGGCCAAGCAGAUCGGCUCGAAGGACCUGGUGGUGAAAGCUCAGGUGCUGGCCGGCGGCAGGGGGAAGGGGACAUUCGAGGGCGGACUGAAGGGAGGAGUGAGGAUCGUCUACUCGCCAGAGGAGGCCCGAGACAUUUCGUCCCAGAUGAUUGGUCGAAAGCUGUACACUAAACAGACUGGAGAGGCCGGUCGCAUCUGCAACCAGGUGUUCAUCUGCGAGCGCAGGUAUCCACGCAGGGAGUACUACUUCGCCAUCACCAUGGAGAGGUCCUUCCAGGGUCCCGUGCUGAUUGGCAGCUCGCAGGGGGGCGUGAACAUCGAAGACGUGGCGGCGGAAAAUCCAGACGCCAUUGUGAAGGAGCCCAUCGACAUCAUGGAAGGCAUUAAGAUGGAGCAGGCUGUCAAGGUCGCUCAGAAGAUGGGCUUCCCUCCGGCGCUGGUCAACGAGGCGGCGGAGAACAUGAUCAAACUGUACAACCUGUUCAUCAAGUACGACGCCUCCAUGGUAGAGAUCAACCCCAUGGUGGAGGACUCCUCUGGCAUCGUGAUGUGCAUGGACGCCAAGAUCAACUUUGACUCCAACGCAGAGUACCGUCAGAAGAAGGUGUUCGACAUGCAGGACUGGACCCAGGAGGACCCCCGGGACCGGCAGGCCGCCAAGGCUGACCUCAACUACAUCGGCCUGGACGGAACCAUCGGCUGUCUGGUGAACGGAGCAGGUCUGGCCAUGGCCACCAUGGACAUCAUCAAGCUCCACGGCGGUACGCCGGCCAACUUCCUGGAUGUGGGAGGAGGAGCCACGGCUCAUCAGGUGACCGAGGCCUUCAAACUCAUCACCUCUGACAGGAAGGUUCAGGCCAUCCUGGUCAACAUCUUUGGAGGCAUCAUGAGGUGUGACGUCAUCGCUCAGGGCAUCAUCAUGGCUGUCAGAGACCUGGACCUCAAGAUCCCCAUCGUAGUGCGGUUACAAGGGACGAGAGUGGACGAUGCCAAAGCUCUGAUCGCUGCCAGUCCACUGAAGAUCCUGGCCUGUGAUGACCUGGACGAAGCCGCCAAAAUGGUUGUUAAGCUUUCUGAAAUCGUCUCGCUGGCUAAGGAAGCUCAAGUGGACAUCACCUUCCAGCUGCCCAUCUAAGAUCCACGACCUCCUCACCCCAAACACUUCCU